UUGCAACAAAUGUUGCAAAGCUCCGUCUGCCGGCCUCCAUCCGGGUCUCGGGCUGGGCUGGGCAGCAGCAGCUCGUUCGUUCGCUCUCCGGGACUGGGAGAGGUAACAACAUGGCGGAGGCUUCCUAUGGAAGUUCGAGUCCAGGCAAAGAAACUUAAAUUUUUAAUUACAUUUCUUGGCUGUGGCAUUUAAUCAGCAUAUAUACUGAUGAUUGUCUCCCACAAAUCUGAAACAUUUAACAUACUGUUCAACGAAUGAGAGAGGAACCAGAAGAAAUGCUAAGUUAAUUCACAGGAAGUUGAGUUGGCUCAUUUUCUUCUGAGGAUCAUGAUUUCGACCCGACAGCAGAAAUGCUAGUGCAUGAUUAUGACGAUGAGCGGACACUGGAGGAAGAGGAAAUGUUAGAGGGAGGGAAGAAUUUCACAUCUGAAGUUGAAGAUUUGGAAAGGGAGAGCAACAUGCCACUUGAUGAUUUGCUGGUACUCUACGGGUAUGAUCCUCCUGUUCCAGUGAUAGAAAAUGAAAAUCCAGGGAGUUCUCCAAGUGAGCUUGCUGAUGAAUUACCGGACAUGACCCUUGAUAAAGAAGAAAUAGCAAAAGAUCUACUAUCGGGUGAUGAUGAAGAAACACAAUCUUCUGCCGAUGACCUGACUCCAUCAGUCACUUCUCAUGAAACGACAGAUUUGUUUCCCCGGCACUUAAGAUCAAGCACCGCCUUUGGUGAUAAAGAAUCUGAAGAUGAGGAAAGACAAGAUGAUUGUGCUCCCCCUGAAGAUUUGAAAAAGGAAAUAAUGGUGGGCUCAGAGUAUCAAGCUGAAAUUCCAUCUUCUCUGUGCAAAUAUAAAGAUGGAGAUAAAGUUUAUGAAAAUGAGGACCAAUUACUUUGGACUCCCCAUUUGCUUCCUGAAAAUACAAUAAAGGAGUUCUUGCAUGAAGCAGCUAAGAGAUCUACAGACGAAAAAGGAGUUGGUGGUAUACCUGAAGGUAUCCAUGUAAGAGACAAUGAACAGGCACUCUAUGAACUUCUAAAAUGUAACUACGUAGUUAAGGAAGCACUUGGAAAUUAUCACUCAAAUGUAAAAAUUGCACAAGAUGACCGGUCUGCUUGGACAGAAGAGGAAUGUAGAAACUUUGAACUUGCCCUUCGACUUUAUGGCAAAGAUUUUUACCUAAUACAAGCAAAUAAGGUCGCGAAUCGUUCUGUGGGGGAAUGUGUGGCUUUCUAUUAUAUGUGGAAAAAGUCCGAAAGAUACGACUACUUUGCACAGCAAACUAGAUUUGGGAAGAAGAGAUACAAUCUUCAUCCUGGAGUUACGGAUUACAUGGAUCGCCUAGUAGAUGAGGCUGAGAUGGGAAUGCUAAGUCGAUCGACACAUUCUCCGUCUAUUUGUACUUCCGUCAAUAGAUCCGAAACGAUUUCUGAUCAGCAUAGUUUAAUGAGCUCUGGACAUGAGUUUUCUGCACUGACCAAUACAACAUGCAGCAUUGCAGAUGUAAGCUGUUUGGAUUCCUAUAAUUUUCCUCCGGUGGAGAGUUUACACACAAAAGGACCAACUACCCAUGUGCCUGCUUUAAUAGACGAAUCACUUGGAUUGCCUACGAAUGGUGACACAGAUUGCCUAAAUUUAUUCGAGACUGGAUUCUACCAUUCUGAUUUGAAUCAGAUAAGCAUGUGCAACAACGAGACUGAAAGACCAGCAAAGAGAUUGAAAAUGGGGAUCUCUGUUCAAGAAUCUUUCAUCAAUGACCUUUCUGUAAAUAACCUGGAUGUGGAUUUUGAGAAUCACACACACCACAUCACGAGUGCCAAAAUGUCUGUUUCUGUUGCAGAUUUUAGCAGCUUGCCUAAUAAUGAAGCAAAUGGCUUCAUCAAUCCCUGUGCACUACACCAGCAUACAGCUCUCCAAUCAGAGUGACUCCUCCAUUGAAACUUCUCAUGAAAUGGUGGUAUGCAGCAAUGUUGAACUUGGUUGGUGAGCCAUGGAAAUUGUUCAGUCAUUCACUGGAAGUUUGAAUUUUUUUACAAUGACAUCAGUGAUGUCUUUUUACCUAUAGGACUUCAAUCAAUCUUGAUUUCUCAAGAGUUAAAUAGCCAUUUAUUUUCAAUCCCUGGUAACAUAGAAAUUUGAGAGAUUAUGUUCAAAUAGCAGAGUUGGGGACGAGAAAUUGAACUUCUUGACGCAGUCCUGAACUCUCACGCUGUUGCAUCUCUUUUUGUAGCCUGUAGAUAAAGGAACCAUUUCACCUCCUGACACCACCAUUUGGAAUCUGAAACAAUAGAAAUGGCUUCCAUGAAAGCGCACUGCUGUCACAGUAGUGGGUAUAGAGGAAUACUAAUGUUUACAGGUACCUGGCCUUGUUCCUGGCGAUUGUAGCAUUUUGGAAGUGAACAGUGCACAACCAGUGCAAAGACCUGCAUGAACAGAGCCAUCUCAUCCAUUCAUUUAAAACAGAGCACUUCAGUUUACAGUGCCAUGAGUGCAUACUUUGGGGAAAAAAUUGAUGGAUGAAAUACAAAUGGGAAGACGCCCUCAGACUCAAGUGUUGGGCAUGGCUGCCAUCUGUAAACGGGUUGGAACUACUGCCAGAUUUCUGUGCUUAGAAACUUUUCAAGCUUUUAUUGAUUAGAUUAAAUAUUGAAUUUUGUGAUAAUUGUACAUUGUUUUUUUAAGACUUUAAAGAUUGUAUUAUAGUGUAUCUCAAAUUGCGUAGUGCAUUAUAUAUCGAAGAAGAUUUCCAGGGGCAGCUGAAAUUGUCUCAACACAACUUGGGACUUGCCACUUCUAAUCACAAUUCUGUUUGACAAUUAAGCCAUGUCUCUUGCAGCAGUUCAUUGUGUUCUGUAUUCAACGUUCUGUACAUGCCUAACUAAGCACAGUACAGUCAAACCUUGAACCAAAACUGAACUUAAAUAUUUUGUAAUAUAUUCUGAAUCUUUACAAUUUUUCUGGAAGUAAAAGUUUGCAAUAAAACACUUGACUUAAACAGGGACAUUUGAAUUUUCCAGUAAUUAUUUGAUUAGACUUACUUGGGAUCCAUUUUACACAGCAGGAUAUAAAAGGGUGUUUUUAAGUGUAAAUUGAUGCUGGUCAUAAUCAAAGUCAGCCAAAAAAAUUGGAAAUUCCGUAUGACUUGGUAUUAGAAAAUACUUAUGCUGAAAGAUACGUCCCAUUUAACUUAUUUAUAGUAUGUGCUAUAUCACGUAUUUCGUGGUAUAAUUUUUACAUUACAUUCAUUGUUUUCCUAGUUUCUAAUUGACAAUGUAGUCAUUAAUAUUUAAAACUCAUUUCCAUCAUUGAGCAUGUAUCAAAAAUGUAGUUAUUAGACCCAGAUGAAUACCCAUUAUUACAUAUUUUUAAAAGUAAAAUAAUUUACUGAAAUACAUUUGAUAAACAGGUUUACUGUAUUUGCAGGCAAAUUGAAAGUGUGAAGUAGGUUAAUUAGCUGGGAUACAUAACAUAAUGAACUGCUUUAGUGUACUGUAAAUAUUUGCAUAGUCUGGAGAAUCUAUCUUCACCCUUCCCCCAGCCCCCCACCCCUCCCUCAACCUUAUUUGCACAAGCCCCUAAAACAGUGCAGAAUUUUUACACAAAUACUGCCAUUUUAAAAGCGCAAGAAUGAAUACUGUAGUUUGAGAGGCUGAAUUGGUUUGCUAUGUAGACAAGUAUGACUGUACAGCCAUACAAUGGUCUUUCAGUUUUUAAUACAGGAAUCUUGUAAGGUAGAUGAAGCUUUAGGUUCUGAGGCCAUACAGGGUGGCAUAAAGGUACAAGACACAGAAGUAACGGGUAGCCUUGGCUCUUGCCAGUAUUGCGUGGAAUUGUGAUUCAUGUCAUCUGCUUGUAGCUUGU